AUGGCUCACAUCAAAAGCAUUUUAUUUGAUCAACAUGAAGACGGAACUGGUGAAUGGUUCCUCGGUUCCGAAGAGUUCCAGAAAUGGAUUAAAACUAAAGAUAGAAUGUUUUUCUGUCCAGGCCUUCCAGGAGCGGGGAAGACAGUCCUAGCCGCCAUUGCCAUCCACCACCUUCAGAACCUCUUCGGGAAUGACAGCAACAUUGGCAUAGCUUACCAUUACUGCGACUUUGGGCACCGAUACAACGAAACCGACAAUCUUAUUCUAUCGAGUAUCCUCAAGCAGCUUGCCCAGUGUUCAGGCUCUUUACCAGAUGCAAUGAGCACUUUGUAUAGCAAGCACAAGGAUAAGGGCACUCGACCUUCGCUCAGAGAAAUUGCAAGUGCGUUGAAGACUGUGGCGUGUCUGCAUUAUCGAAUCUUCAUAGUUAUUGAUGGCCUCGACGAGUGUCUUGUAUGGAGAGACGUUAUGGCUCAGCUCAGAGGCUUGCAGGGAGCGAAUAUCUUGGCGACCUCUCGGGCUAUCCCUGAUAUUGCCAACGACCCGGUGUUGAAAGGAAGUAGUAUACUCGAAGUACAUGCCAGGGGUACCGAUGUUCGCAAAUACCUCAAUCGUAAUAUGUCAAAGCUUAGUCGGUUCGUCAUGCGUGACCAGCAGCUUCAGGAGGAUAUUUGCAACGCCAUCUUAGGAGCGAGCGGAGGGAUGUUCCUCCUUGCCCGCCUGCAUCUCAACUCUCUAGAAGGUAAAUUGUCAGUCGGGACUCUCAGGAACGCCCUCACCGCCUUGCCAACCGGGACACUAGCAUACGACGAGGCCUACGACGAUGCAAUGAAAAGGAUAGAGAGUCAGCAUCGAGAACGAACAGCAAUCGCUAAGGAUGUUCUAGCAUGGCUUACCUUUGCAAAGAGACCCCUCAGGGUCGAAGAGCUCCGAACAGCAGUUAUCGUCCAGGAAACAGAUUCACAUCUUGAUGAGGAGAGACUAAUGGAUAUUGAAGACAUGGUCUCCGUCUGCGCGGGCUUGGUGGAGAUAGAUGAAAAGAACGACAGGGUCACUCUAAUUCAUAACACUACGAAAGAGUACUUGAAGCGAACACGAGAAAAGUGGCGCCCGGAUGCAGACGCUGCAAUUGCAACGUCAUGCCUUGCCUAUCUUUUGUUCCGUGUCUUUGACGUCGAGUUCUCGGAGAUAGACGAAUGUCUACAACGCGAAAAGGCUGGGAGGCAGCUUUAUCCACUGCUGGAUUACUCCAUGGAGUAUAGUGCCCUGCAUGCCCGCCUCGCUGUAACCAAACCGCCCUCCGUCGCUAGGUUUCUUUCUUCAGAGUCAAGGGUUACCAGAAAUUGGUUGCUACUUAAAGCAAAGUGUGGGAAUGAACAGGGAAAAGAGACUGUGGAAUGGCUUAUAGAGCAAGGCCUAUGCACCGAUGUACGGGAUGCAGAAGGGAGAACCCCUUUGCAUUAUGCUGUGCUUAACGGCUGGGAACAAUGCGUUCAGCUUUUACUGGAGAGAAGAGCGAGCCUGGACUCAGACAUCGAGAACAUGACUCCUUUGCACUACACAGUCAAGAACGGUGACGAAGCGAUCGCCCGAACCUUUCUCAGCGCCGGAACGCCAGUAGAUACGCUAGUGGUGAGACAGACAUACAUACCCACUUAUCAAGAGGGCAGAGUUAUAUACGUUAUCGGAGAUAGUGAGAAGAGUGUUGCCCAAAACUCCCGCACAGUGGAAGGUCUGACUACUUUACACCUCGCUGCCUUGACGGGGAGUCAACGGAUGACGAAGUUCCUUCUGGAUCAUGGCGCCAAUCCAAACUUUCCUUCGGAUAGCGGCGAGACGCCCCUACAUCUAGCAUUGAGGCGGGAUUUGUAUGGGCCGAAAUGGCCCGGCAUUGUGGACUUCUGGAACGACCCAGAUAACCGCGUGGAAUGUGUUCUUGACUACAUCGAAUUAGAUGAUGAUGAGGACGAAUAUUGCUCAAUCCAAAAAAAAAGGUUGGCGAUUCUUGACCUUCUUUUGAAGAACCCCGAGGUCGAUGUUGACGCCCAAGACAUGUUCGGCAUUUCUUCAUUGCAUAUUGCAGCCGGUAGCAAAGACUUAUCUGAGUCCAUAACCCAGAAGCUCAUCGAAAAAGGCGCCACGAUCUCAUUGAGCACAAAAGAGAACAAAACACCAUUACAUUUCGCUGUCAUGAAUGGGAACCUGGGUGUUGUUUCCAAGCUUCUCACGCUUGGAGCAGAUCCCACGGAUGAGGAUGAUGUAUUAAGCCGAGUUCCAGACUUUUUAUCGGAAACAUUCCUGGGAUCGAAAGAUAAAAAUGGACAGAAUGUGUGGCAUCAUCUGUUGAGCAACGAUGGCCCUGUUGACAUUGCUGUCGCCAGAUAUCUCUUGGAACGGUUCAAUGACAUUAAUGAACUUGACAGCAGAGGUAUGUCGCCAAUGGCCAUAUAUCUCAGUGCGUUCAUCCUCUGUGAAUACCAGGAUGACCAAGAAAUAUUGGAUCUUAUGUUCAAAUAUGGAGCAGACCCGGAUUUCAAGACCUCAGAAGGGUUGGGCUUGGCGCAUCUAGCAGCUAGAUCGCGCCGGCUUUCUGUGAGCGUACUCCAAAAAUUAGCAAGUUGGGGUGUAAACCUAAAGUCUAGGGAUGAACAAGGUCGAACUGCUCUCCAUCAUAGUUCCAUAAGGGGAACCCUAUCAGAGAAAGUCCUGCACUUUCUUUGCGAAGAUGUACAAUUGCCUGUAUAUCUUCGUGAUGUACAUGGGAAUACAGCGUUGGAUUAUGCCGUUGAGAUGGGACAACAAGAUCAUGAUCCAAAUAUCAUUGAUCCAGACCGAUGGGUUACGGCGGGGAAGCUACUGCGUAGUGUAUAA